AUGUACUUCUACGAGGAAGGAGAAUGCAUCACAAACACUGAAUCUGCAUUGUCAAAGCCUAGUUCUUUCGCCAAGGAAGAGAACGAAAAAGUGGUGUACUUCCAAAAUGGAUGCAUGACUAAGCUCCAGUCUCGAGACACCACAACUGCGUUUGCAGCAAUGAGUUCCGCCGAAAAGGCCGAAGAAGCUGACACAGUCGAGAAAGACGAUGCACCACUCACAACAGUAAUGCCUAAAGAGGAGCUCAACAGUGAGGAUAUAAAGGAGAUAGAGGCAAAGAUUCUUGAGUCAUCAGGUAGUGGGAGAGAGCAGUUCGCACCUUCCGAACAGCUACCUAUUACCGAAGCUGCUGGAAACACUACUACACCAGAAUUUGAAAAUCGAAGUGAUGAAGAGGAUGCGGAAGAGACAUCUUCUGCAGGAUCCAUCACUACAACAGCUGACGCAGCACUAACAUCUGCACAAGAAUCAGAGCUCAAAGAGAAAGCCCCAGAUAACAAUGAGGACUAUACCGAUGAUGAAGAAGAGGCCAACGCAGCUGCAGAUUCUAACGAUUCUAUUGAAGCAAAACUGGACAAGAAGGGCGAGAAAGCCAGUUACAUUAAGUGAGA